AUGACGCCAGUGACAUUAAAGACGGUCGAUAACGACCUCAAAGAUGUCAUCCAGCAUCUGUUCGAGAUUCAAAGCGCAGUUCAUGGCUAUCUAGGCCCAGAGACACAGCAAGAGCUUGUGCGAAAGGUCAAAAACCUAACCCUCGCCCUCUCAACCCUCUCAACACACACCCAACUCCCACAAUCCCAAGAACCCCAAACAGAAAUCGACCCCUCCAACCCCUCGCUCGCCAGCAUCCAGCUCCCACCAGAGAUAAUCGACUACGUCGACUCCGCUCGAAACCCAGACAUCUACACCCGCGAAUUUGUCGAGCUCGUCCAGCGCGGCAAUCAAGAUUUGCGUGGGAAACGCGAGGCCUUCGCGGAUUUCAGAGACGUCCUGGCGCGGGAGAUGCGCAGCGCCAUGCCUGAGUGCAGAGGGGAGGUAGAUCGCGCGGUGGCUGCCUCUGGAGGAAAGGUUGAGGGGGAUGCGACUGGGGCUGGGAAUUGA